GGCUGUGGUGAAUUCGCCUGAUCCGGGGUGCCUAUCGACGGGGCGGCGGAACCAAAAUAAGGUGAACGAAACAACGGCAAGGGACGGUCAAAAAAGGAGAAAGUGAAAGACUAAGUCACACUACGAAAGAGGUCCAAAUGAUCAUCAAGGGGUUGUUCAGGAGAUAUCGAAGGUGGAAUCCUGUGCAUCCAACAUAUGGAGCCUUUUGGGGCAUGGGAAUAGGCGUUGGUUGCGGUGUUGGAUGGGGUCCUGGUUUUGGCCCUGAGGUGAUUGGUUAUGUUGGGGCUGGCUGUGGAGUUGGAUUUAGUGUGGGCAUAACCCUUGUUGGCUUUGGCAUUGGUCUUCCUGUAAAUUGCCUGUUUGAAGUUCCUUAUAAUGCUAUCAUGGCAACAAGAACUGGUGCAUCAGAUCUUUUGAGGCUUAGUUCAAAAAAUGAAGUGGGGGGUGGCUGGAACGGCAUUGCACCUUACAUCUCUGGAAUGCGAAGAGAAGCCAGCAGAAGAUUACCAGGAUUUAACCCAAGAAAAUUGUUGGACAAACGGGUUGAUUUAUUUGAUUUGAAAACCACACUAUCUGUCCGUACUAAAGCCGUACAGGAAGGCUUUGGAAGAUUCAAUGGUCGCUUUUUUGGCCGUAACAAAGGUUUGAAAGAUUAAUUCUAGCAUACUCUGGAUUUUCGACUUCCUCACGAUCAAAGCCACUAUAUACCAAGGCUUAUCUACGUGCAUUCUGGAACUGUGUUCAAUUUGAUUAGUAUGUUGGAGACAUCUAAGCAGCAAGGAAUGCAGCAUAGCCAAGAUAUUGUAAGUGAUUGUGACAAUUUCUGCAUUUCUCUUGGUUAACACACACCAGAAUUUGGAAUAGUUUUGAAAAGGUGAAGAGUUUUUAAUUUUUUUUUCUGUGAUAAAUAUGGAUAUAAAUAUGGUACAGAUUC